AUGGCUGGACCAGGAAAGCGAGGCCAAAUGCUGCAGAGAAAAGCUCAAGGUGCACAACAGCCUGCAAUACCUAAUUCAGUUGGAAGCAAUCAACCAAGAAGUGCAUCCAAGAGUGUAUCCUCAGAGGAUGCAAUAUAUGUCACUCCAACUUCUUCACCUAGAGAAAUUGCUAGUGAGAGUAGGAUGAUACACCAUCAGACAUCUGAGUCUCGUGCAUCCGGAGAAAAUGAGACAAAUCCAGUUUCGGAUGAGCAAGAAAAUGCUAUGCUGCUGUCAGCAAGAAGAAGAGGACGUACACGAAAUCUAUCAUUAUCAAAAAAAAGGGAGGCUAAUGAGACGCUCACCAUUGAAAUUGAUGAUUGUAUUCGGCGGAUUGUUGGGAAGGAUUCUCAAUACUUCAUCACAGAAGGGGGUUGUGUUGUUAGGAAGGCUGCUAGGCUUAAUGUUCCAAAGUGGUCCCAUCUCAAUCCCGGUGACCGAGAAGGCAUAUACAGCACGGUUACGGAUGACUUUCGAUUUUCAGAGCACAUCACCUCAAAAACUGCUAUUAAUAGGCAGUUAAACACACAAUAUCGAAAUCAUCGAUAUAGGCUUCACAAGUAUUUCCAGAGUUUUGAAUCAAGGCAAGAAGCAUUGAGGCAAGUUCCUGAAGGUGUGAGUGAAGAAGAUUGGAAGUGGCUGGUCAGCUACUUUGAAAAUGAUGAAUUUAAGAAAAUUAGUGAACGUAACAAGCAAAAUCGUGCCAAAAAUGACUGCUACACUACUGUUGGCACAAAAUCGCUUGCAAGAGUUGUUGAGGAAAAGAAAAGGAAAGAAGAUGUCGAGCUUUCAGAGAUAGACAUGUUUGAGUUAAGUCGAAAGUCAAAGAAGUAA